UUCACAAUUACAACCAGCAGCCGCCCCUGUUUUUGUGUCUCUUUUUCUUCCUUCAUUGCUCAUUAUAUAACUAAAUAGACUUCUAUAUUCUUAGUCCUAAUACCAAAUUUCUUCCAUUAAUUCUUGCUCAAACAAUCAAAUAACCAUUUCAUACCCAAUGGAAGACACAUUCUUACCAAUUGAUUGUCUGAACUCAAAUUCACAACCAGAUAUAAUCUCAUUCAAACAACAACUUAAAUCUAUUGUAGAGAGCAAGUUAGGCUUUUUUUACGCACUAUUUUGGCAAACAACCAGCUUCUCUACACCUCAUUUGUUAUCAUGUGUAGAUGGAUACUCCAUAAGUGCUGUAAAUUGUCCUCCUACACUACCAAACUUAAGAAUGCAUCACCAAGAAACAGUUGAAGUAGACAAGAUUAUGGUGUCCGAAUGGUUUUACAUCAAUUCGUUUACCAAAUUCAUAGACAUCAAAGAUACAAAUUCAAUGAUCGGGGAAGUAUUGGGUUUAGGCAAACACUUAUGGCUAAACCUUACGUGUGAAAGUUUGGAUUAUUCAAGGUGUGAAAGGGCUAAAGAAGCUCAACAAUAUAAGAUCAGAACAUUAGUAUUUGUACCGAUUAGUUCGAGUGCUAUUAUAGAAGUUGGAUCCAUUGUGGAUAUUAAAGAAGAUAGAAGCUUACUUGAACUCACAAGCUCUAUAUUUGGGUCUACAAGCGAUUGUAAUAGCCUCUAUUUUAUGUCGUGCACAACUGAGAUCAAACCAUCUGUAGUGUCGCGCCCCACCCAUGUUGAGGCGGAGAAACAAAGGCGAGAUAGGUUAAACAAACGUUUUUAUGCACUACGUGCAGUAGUUCCUUAUGUCACUAAGAUGGAUCGAGCAUCUCUGCUUGCUGAUGCAGUGAAAUAUAUCAAGGAAUUGAAGGCAAAAGUUAGCGCGUUAGAAGAAAAAUUGAAGGGUGUUUUGGUGCCUAGAAAUUGUACUAAUACUGCAGAGGUACAAGAUGAGAAAAAUUGUUUGAGUUCGUAUGAUUCGAUGUCUAGUGGGAUGGUUAAGGUCGAGGUUGAAGUUAAGAUGCUUGGAUCGGAAGUGCUUCUGAGAGUUCAAUCUUUGGGUUUGAAUUAUGCAGCAGCAAAAUUGAUGAAUGUUUUGAGAGAUUUGAAAUUGGAAGUUUGUUAUGCAACAAUAUCGAAUAUAAAUGAAGUUAUGCUUCAGAAUAUUGUUCUUAAAAGGCCAUUAUUUAAUCUUGAUGAAUAUAUCAGUACUCCAGAAGGCUUGCAAAUGAUUUUACUUCAGAAAUUACAGUCUUGACUGCGGAAGAUAGAAUAUAUGUGGGUUAUUAUUGAUCUCUUGUAUUCAUAUACUUUCCAAUUUUAA